AUGCUCUCAAGUAAUAAGCAAUAUCCUUAACAUUUUGAUAUUCAAAACUCGGUGUUAUCUACUGAUACAGAAUUUUGGGUAUCAGAUGUAAAUUUUUCAGCAAUAUCUACUUCUUUGGUGACAGUGAAACGACAGGAAAUUAUUAAAGAGAAAAGUAUUUCAAUUGGGAAAUAACAUAUCAAAUAUUCAAAAAAUAAAUUCAUUCUGUAUGCAGAUGCAUUUCUAACUAUUCUAAGGAAUACUAAUUCAGAAAUAAUAGGAAUAUAAUUAUAGAAAAAAGGAAAUUAAAUUGAGCUUUAUGGGCAAAUAUAACAUUGGAUUUGCCUAUUGAUGAAAGAAUGCGUUUCAUUAGACUUCAUUUCUAACUAUUAAAUUGUUAAACUAAUUGGUAGUGGAUCCACUGCUAAUUUUAAGGUUUAUUAAGUUCGAUCGAAAAUAGAUGACUUAGAUUGUGGAAUUAAAGUAUUCGAUAAGGCACAAUUUGAAACAGACUAUUAGAUUAAGCAAUCUAUAUUAUUUGAAAUUUAAUAUUUAAAACUAUUAAGUCAUCCGAAUAUUGUUAAGUAUUUAGGAGUGUUUGAAUCAAAUUCAUAAAUUAUUUUAAUAUCAGAAUUAUUAGUAGGAGGAGAUCUAAAGAGCAUAGUAGAGGAUAGGAAAAUUGAUGAAGAUAAAAUUAAAAUAAUUAUGAAAUCUAUUCUAGGUGGUCUUGAAUAUAUGCACAGUUUUGGCAUAUUCCACCGAGACAUUAAAAAAUGUAAUAUAAUGCUGAGAAACUAAAAUGUCUAUGAUUCCAUUUGUUUAAUUGACUUUGGUUUAGCUGAAAAAGCUAAUAAUGAAAAUAACUAUUUAUUCAAAUAUUGUGGUACACCUGGUUGUGUUGCUCCUGAAAUCUUGAGAAAAUAAAAAUAUGGAUUAAAGGUUGAUAUCUAUAGUGUUGGUAUUUUAUGCUAUCAAUUGAUGUUUGGAAAAGACCCCUUUAAAUCUAACACCACUAAGGAAAUACUAAUCAAGAAUUACUUGGGGCAUAUUGAUUUAUCUAAAAUGUCAUUGAUUUCAAAAAAUGGGAUAAACUUUCUAAAAGGACUAAUUGAAUUAGACCCUUAAAUUCGAUUUACAGCUACAUAAGCAUUAAAGCAUCCUUAUAUAUCUUAAGAGAAUAAUAAAAUAAUUGUCAGUAAAAAUAAAUUUGAUAGCUUGUUAAAAAAGGAGACUCUCAAGCCUUUAUAUUAUAAUAGUCGUAAUUAGUCACCAAAUAACAGUUCAAAAAGUUCACCUUUCAAAUAUUUGCUUAAAACCGAGGUGAGUCCAAGAUCAAAUUAACAGAAAUCUGGUUUGGAGACUACUAGACUAGUAUCAAGAUCUUUUUUCAUAAGAAAUUUUUAAAAAAUGAAUACAAAAUGA